CCCAUCUCACAUAAGCUCCUAACCCUAGCCUUGCUUCACUGCUCUCUCUCUCUCUCUCUCUCUCUCUCUCUCUCUACGCUGCUGCUUUCGGGAGAUCGCUCGUCUUUUGAGGUCCAACAGCAGAAGCGAACGUUUCUUUCCGUUAAGCAAUGGCGCUGGUCUUGUAUGCGGGGAGUACAAACAAAAAUGCUUUCAAGACACUCAUUGCUGCGGAGUAUAGUGGUGUCCGAGUUGAGAUGGCCCAGAAUUUUGAGAUGGGGGUUUCGAACAAAACACCCGAGUUUCUUAAAAUGAACCCUAUUGGGAAGGUUCCUGUGCUGGAAACUCCAGAUGGCCCCAUUUUUGAGAGCAACGCCAUAGCACGCUAUGUUUCUCGCUUGAAGCCUGAUAAUCCUCUGUGUGGCUCUUCACUAAUAGAAACUGCCCAUAUUGACCAGUGGAUUGACUUUGCAUCAUUGGAGAUUGAUGCUAAUCUUGGGAACUGGCUUAGACCAAGAAUGGGACGAGCUGUUUACCUUCCUCCAGUUGAGGAAGCUACUAUUUCUGCAUUGAAGAGAGCUCUUGGUGCUUUGAGCACACAUCUGGUUUCAAACACUUAUCUGGUUGGGCAUUCUGUGACCCUGGCUGACAUUAUCAUGACAGUGAACUUGUAUUUGGGGUUCACUCGGCUCAUGACCAAGAGCUUUACCUCUGAGUUCCCUCAUGUUGAGAGAUACUUUUGGACCAUGGUUAAUCAACCAAAUUUCAGCAAGAUAUUGGGUGAGGUAAAGCAGACAGAACAAGUUCCUCCUGUUACAUCUACCAAGAAGCCUUCCGAGCCAAAAGAAACUGCUAAGUCAAAGCCGAAAGAUGAGCCAAAGAAAGAGGCGAAGAAGGCGCCAGCCAAGCCCAAAGAAGAAGCUGUUGAGGAGGAGGAGGAGGCACCAAAACCCAAACCAAAGAAUCCCCUUGAUCUACUGCCCCCCAGUAAGAUGAUACUGGAUGAUUGGAAGAGGCUCUACUCGAAUACCAAGACCAACUUCCGUGAAGUUGCAAUCAAAGGUUUCUGGGACAUGUACGAUCCAGAGGGAUACUCUCUUUGGUUCUGUGACUACAAGUACAACAAUGAGAAUACUGUCUCAUUUGUGACCCUAAACAAGGUCGGUGGAUUUCUUCAACGGAUGGAUCUGGCACGGAAGUAUGCCUUUGGGAAGAUGCUGGUUAUCGGGUCAGAGCCCCCAUUCAAGGUGAAGGGGCUUUGGCUUUUCCGUGGUCAGGAAGUUCCGCAAUUCAUAAUUGAUGAGUGCUAUGACAUGGAGCUCUAUGAUUGGAAGAAGGUUGACAUAAGCGAUGAAGACCAGAAGGAGAGGGUGAAUCAGAUGAUAGAGGAUCAGGAGCCCUUUGAAGGAGAGGCACUUUUGGAUGCCAAGUGCUUUAAGUGAUGAUACCCUCAGUUCAAUCAAAGCUUAGUUUUGGUCAUGUUUGUCUUUGUUGGGAGUAGAUGAUUUGUGCUCUUCUAUUAAAAAUGUUUGAGGUAACUUUAGUAUUUUGAGGAUUCAAGGACGUAACAUUGUGGGUUUUGUUUCUCAUUCCUGUUGAGCUUUGGAACUUACGUAUAUGGUUUUCUUGAUCAAGCAUUUCUCAUCUGUUGGAACUAAA